CACUCCCUCCUAGUUCCUCCUCUCUCAUCUCAUUAUGUUGGCCUCUCGGUCCUUCGCUGGCGUCGCGCAUCGUGCGGUCUCUCACUCUCAGCCUUUCAGACGGUAUGCUUCUGCACCUACAGCAGCUUUUGCAGGACAAAAGGAAAGUAACGGAAAAUAUACCGUGACUUUAAUUCCUGGAGAUGGUAUUGGACCGGAAAUUAGUGAAUCCGUCAAGGCAAUCUACAAAGCUGCCAAUGUCCCCAUUCAAUGGGAGGAAGUUAGUGUGACUCCAGUGUUGAAGGGAGGCAAGACUGUCAUCCCUGAUGUGGCGAUUCAGUCUGUUCGUAAAAAUACUGUCGCACUGAAAGGGCCAUUGGCGACUCCAAUCGGAAAGGGACACGUAUCACUCAAUCUGACUCUCCGCCGCACGUUCAACCUGUUCGCCAAUGUGCGGCCUUGCGUCUCUAUCCAGGGAUUCAAGACUCCCUACGAUGAUGUCAACACAGUUUUGAUCCGUGAAAACACUGAGGGAGAGUAUUCAGGCAUUGAGCACGAAGUCGUCGAUGGAGUCGUCCAGUCGAUCAAACUCAUUACCUGGGACGCUUCCGAGCGUGUUGCCCGUUACGCAUUCCACUACGCCGAGGCCAGUGGCCGCAAGCGAGUGACCGCGGUGCAUAAGGCCAACAUCAUGAAAAUGUCGGAUGGAAUGUUCCUUUCGGCUUGCCGUCAAGUCGCAAAGGACUUUCCCGGUAUCACCUACGAUGAGGACCUCCUCGAUCGUGUCUGCUUGCAGAUCACGCAAAAUCCCAAACCCUACGCUGACCGAGUCAUGGUGAUGCCCAACUUGUAUGGUGACAUCUUGUCCGACAUGUGCGCUGGUCUUAUUGGAGGCCUUGGCCUCACACCCUCUGGUAACAUUGGACGUGAUGCUUCCAUCUUCGAAGCUGUCCAUGGCUCAGCACCGGACAUCGCAGGCAAGGGAUUGGCUAACCCAACCGCUCUUCUUUUGUCGUCUUUGAUGAUGCUGAGACACAUGAACUUGAACUCGCACGCCGAUCAAAUUGAAAAGGCUGCAUUGACCACCAUCGCAGAGGGCAAAUUCAUCACCGGAGACUUAGGAGGCAAGGCGUCCACCCAGGAGUAUACUGCCGCCAUCAUAGACAAGCUCGGCAAGCAAUGAAGAGCAGUGGAUUCGUGUGUAGACAGUACUUUACCUCUUGAAUAAAGCUGGGAGCAAUCGAUGACGGGAUGAAACGG